AUGACAGCCCCAAACGCCGGCGGAUGGUACCCCGUCGACCCCGGCAGCAGCAGCAACCACAGCACCCACAGCACCCACAGCACCCACAGCACCCACAGCACCAGCUACACCCCCCCCUCCCACCCGCACCCGCAGCACCCCUACGCCCAGCCCACAACCCCCGUCCAGCAGCAGUGGCCAACAACAUACACCAACUUCGACAUCAGCGCGCCGCAGGCCUCGCCGCGCUGGCCCACCCCGACCCCCACCGCGCCGGCGAGCGCAGACCUGCUGCUGGUGUCGCUCGCAGAGUCGUAUCUUGAGGCUGCGCAUGCGGGGGGGUACCGCGCCGCUGGUGGGGGCGAGGAGGAGAGGGAGUAUUAUGCGCUUGUUGCGACGGGGCUGCGGUGUUUUGAGGCGGCGCUGGGAGGCGGGGGACGGCUGCAGCCGAGGAUGGAGGCGCUGGUGAGGUUGAGGUAUGCCGGGGUGCUGCAUGAGGAGACGGAGAAUGGCGAUGAGGCGGAGGGCGCGCUGAAUAAGGGGAUUAUGUUGGCGCAGAGAAACAGCCUUACAGACCUCAAGCACCGCAUGCAGCACCUGCUCGCCCGCAUCAUGCUCCGCACCACGCCCAAGGCCUCCCUCAAAAUGCUCAACACCUGCAUCACCGAGUCCGAAACCCUCGACAUGCCGCACCACACCUACAGCUUCCGCUUCCUGCGCGUCAGCAUGCUCACCGACCCCUCCUCCCCCAUCCACGACAUCGCCUCAGCCAUCACCACCCUCCAGAAGAUCUCCAACACGGCCCACGGCCGCCGCGACCUCGCCAUCUUCGCGCUCGCAAACCUCAUGGAGGCCAUGAUCUCCAUCCAGGCGGGCACGGACGGCGUCGAGGCGGCCCAGCGCGCGCUCGCAAAGGCGAACAGCAUCCAGACGGAGGCCGACGAGACGGUGGCGCAGCUGGCCGUGCUGCGCCAGGUGAUGGACAUCGUGUGCUCGCUGAUGCUCGGCCGCACGGCCGAGAGCGAGGGCAAGAUGAAGGUGCUGCACCACAUGCUCGACUCGAAGGAGCGCUGGGCGGCCUGGGCCGAGAGCGGCGAGUUUGUGAUCCCCGUGAACCCGCCGCGGCUGGGGAGGCCCGUGGAGACGCUGAGCUUCACGUGGCUGACGAAGGACGACGUCUUCAUCGUCGGGUACUUCAUCAGCGGCCUGUGCAAGUUCCAGAAGAACGUCGACGAGGCCGGCAAGGCCGAGCGCUUCCUGCAGGAGGGCCUCCGCAGCAUCGACCGCCUGCUGCAGCAGCAGCCGGACUCCACCUCCACCACAACACCCGCCGGGCCGUCGACGCUCGUGGCGGCAACGGAAAAGACCGUCUGGCGCCAGACCCUCCGCUGCUACAUCCAGCUCUACCACACCUUCCUGCUGUGCGUGCGCACCGAGUGGGACGGCGCCAUCAAGGGCUUCAACGCGCUGCGCGACGCCUUCUCGGCCCUCCCCACACAACCGCCGCCGCUCGGCGCCCUCAUCCUGUACCUGCAGGCCACCAUCUACCAGGGCACCAACGCGCUGCCGCUCGCGCUCUCGUGCUACACGGCCAUCACAGCCUCGCACGCGCCCGACGCCGAGCUCGCGCUCAUCAGCACGCUCAACAGCGUGCUGAUCCUGCGGCCCGUGGACCCCGUGAGGGCCGAGGCGCUGCUGGCGGGGGUGGAGAAGGCGUGCGGCGCGACGAAGAAUGGGCUGUUGAGGGCCGCGUAUACGUGUGUGAAGGCCACGGAGAGGGGCGAGCUGGUCAAGACGAAGAAUUGGCUGAGCGUGGCGCUGCAGCUGGCGACGCAGUGCGCGAAUCAGCAGAUGACGUAUAUUGUGCUCAACUUUAUGUGUCAGCGGUUCUUUACGGGCGUGGUGAGUGAGCAGGCGGAGAAGAGUGCGAGGGCGGCGCUGCAGAAUGCGAUGAAGGGGCGGGAUGGGUUGUGGAGUUUGAUGGGGGGGGAGAUGUAUGCUGAUUGUCUAGCACGCAAAGGCAACGAAUUCGACGCCAUGCGGCAGCGGCACGUCAAUGAAGAGAUGCGCGGCGCGGUGCUGGCGAAUCUCACGAGGCACCAGCAGAUGCUGGGCGAGGAGCAGCAGCAGCAGCAGCGCGCGAGUGAUUUUGGGUGA